CUACGACCAGCCAGAGUCUUCUUUGAGCGCAGAACUGUGCAGAGAUCGGUUGUUUCUCUGCCGCGCGCAAUCGAGUACAGAAGCAUUGCGCAGGUCUGUAUCAGUCUAGAAAGUCUGGUCUUGAACUGACAUCGAGCCUGGUCUGCCCUUAUCAGCAUUCUCCAGAGAUGACCUCCGAAACACCGAUACUCAUCGGUCUCAGCGGCCCAUCGAGCUCUGGCAAAAGUACGUUGUCGCGAUUACUAGUCCAGCUUUUCCCCCAUUCCUUUAUCCUGCACGAGGACGACUUCUACAAGCCCGAAUCCGAGAUACCUGUAGUAAAUGGUGUCGAAAACUGGGAUUGCCCGGAGGCUAUUGACUUUGAGUCGUUGAAGCGCGCGCUAGCCUACAUCAAGGAGAAUGCGAAACUACCUGAUGACGUACCAUAUAAAGAAGACAAGAAUGAUCUAGGGACCCCACCAGUCACGCCUGAUGAGGCUACAAGCAUCAAGGAAGCGGUAAUUGGUCCCGAUUCUAUUUUGGAGAAGAGACUGUUCUGUCUGGUCGAUGGAUUUCUGCUCUACAAUGACCGCGAAGUUACGGCGGAAUUGGAUGUGAGGCUACUCUUGAGAGCGCCAUUUGAGAAGCUGAAAGAGAGACGUGAAGCGAGAAACGGCUACGCAACUCUAGAAGGAUUCUGGGUCGAUCCACCUGGUUAUUUCGAAGACGUGGUUUGGCCUGGCUACGUCAAGGCGCACAAGGGACUGUUUGAAGAUGGGCACGUGGAUGGUAAUCUGACUGAAGAUUCGAUACGACAGGGAAUCAAGGCUGCAUCGUCACUGGAUAUGCAUAUGAAGGAUCUUUUAGCAUGGGCAUUAAAAGAGAUAGAGUCGGCGGUGACCAAGAAGGAAAGCAAUUAGAAGCGGGCUAAGAGCCGUAGAAUAAAGUGAGGAUCUAUUGUACAAGUGCGGAUCGUUUUUUUCUCAAUACAAGUCUUCAACUUGUGGCUCUAUUGAAAAACCCAAGUCAAUAAGUUUGCCGGUCUUCACUUCC